AUGGCUCGCAGCAUUAAGUUCAACACAAGUGACGUGUUCACCAACACAGUGUUCACAGGCAAUCAACUGGCGAUUCUACACUUGCCAAAUGACCUGAAGCUCAGCCAGGACGAGAAGCAAAAAAUUGCCAGAGAGUUCAAUUACUCCGAAACCGUGUUCCUCCAUGGGCGCCAGCCUGAUGCCCCUCCGGCAACCUACGUCGCCGACAUCUUCACGACUGAUGCCGAAAUCCCAUUCGCAGGCCAUCCGACCAUUGGCACAGCCUCGUACAUUUUCGAAAAUCUCGAACCACAACGAGAUGAAGUCUCUAUCAUCUUGAAGGCAGGCACUGUCAAGGCGAAAUUCGACAGGAAGACAGCCAGAGCCGCGGCGGCUAUCCCUCACGAUUUUCACAACCAUACAACGAGGCUUUCCUGGAACAGUGUCGUUGCAUCUCAACCGGGGCUCUCGUCUGAUCACUACAGAGACACGACAGUCCCAAUUGCGUCCAUCGUUAAGGGCAUGACCUUUGGCUUGAUCGAUCUUUCACAGAAGCCCGAUCUUUUGAGCAAUAUUGUUAUUGCAACUCAGCCCAUAGGGCGUCAUCAGGACCUGGACGCCCCAUGGCACGAAGGAUUGAUUGCUGAUCUUUUCUACACCCAUUCACCGGACUCCGGAGACGGCAUCAUUCGAGUACAGCAACGAAUGAUUGGAAUUGGGAUCGAGGAUGCCGCCACUGGCUCGGCAAGUGCUGCAUUGAGUUCCUAUUUGGCAUUGCAGGAUGGAAAGGGCGGCCAUAAAUACACUUUCGAGUUGGAACAAGGUGUUCAGAUGGGCCGGCGGAGCAUUAUCGGUUGCGAAGUCACACUGGCUUCAGAUGGGAAGACUAUUGACUCUGUUGUCCUUUCUGGUCAAUCUAAGCAGGUUAUGAAGGGAGAAUUGACGAUACCUGAGUACUAA